AUGAGAUUCUACCUGCGGAUUACAAAUGCGUCUUUAUAUUCACUACUCCGACGUGCUCUACUGGUGUUAUACACCGCAUUGGACAGGCAGACUCAAUCAAACACAGCUCUUUCCGGCAAAUUGAUGAAAAAAAAAAACAUGCCGACUCGGAAGGAAACGAAAGCCUGUUGGACUUGCGCAAAAUCAAAGCGGAAAUGCGGUAGAACCAUGCCAUCAUGUGCGCGAUGCAUUGAGAAAAGAGUGCCCUGCGUAUAUCCGCGAUCGACGCGAAAAGCUGAAUCUGCACAUCGGCCACUGUUAUCGAAGGCGGGGAGAACUCCGGGAUUACAUCCUACAGUCAUUGGCGAUGAGACCUCGUUGACCACGAACCUGUUUUCCCCUGACGAAUUCCAGUGGGAUUCCCUCUUGGAUUUUAGCUUCUCUUCCCCAUUGUCUCAAUUCCAGAUACCCACCGCAACGUUCACUAGAACCGAAUUCUUCCUUGCUCCAGAGGCAUGGGAAGUCACACAUGAUGAAAACACUUCGAAAGCCGCCGCACUGAUCACCAAAGCAACAAUGAAAAAAUACGUCGCUGAAGUCCAAUCCUGGCUGCAGCGCUGGAUCACUGAAGGCGCAAAUCCCUUCAUACACCCACGCAUGUACAGUACGAAGUCGCCCGUCUGCUUACAGCUUGCGCAUGCCACGUUAGCAAGCUAUAUCCACCGAACCCCAGACAACACCGAUGCAAUCUUACAAUCCGUCGAAGAUCGCCUACAUGAGUUAGUAAUGGAACACGACAACACCGUAGAAGCACAUGACGUGGACGGUCUUUUCGGACAACUCGCUAGACUACACGCCCUCCUAGUUUACCAAAUCAUCGGUCUUUUCGAUGGCGAUAUACGCUGCCGUCACGUCACUGAGUUUCACAUCGACGUACAGAGUACCUGGGCUAUGAAGCUCUUCCACUCAGCCUCAACGAUACUACCAAAAACGACUAUGGACGUCGCACAUCUCUUCGGCGCGCUUCCGGAUUCGUCCACUCCCGCGCAACAACAAUGGUAUCUGUGGAUCUUGUCGGAAAGCAUUCGCCGUACUUGGCUCGUUGCUGGUGCGGUGUCUGCCAUCUUCCUUACGCUUCAGCAACGUAGAGCUAUUUGUCCAGGCAGCAUACAGUAUACUGCGCGCAGCGGUCUGUGGAAUGCGUCUAGUGCUAUUGAGUGGGAGAGGAACUUUUCUGGUAGAGACGUCGCGUUUCUUCAUGGGUUUGAAAGUCCAAAAUUGUUUGUCGAUACCAAGCCCGCAGAUGUUGAUGAGUUUGGCACGGCGUUGUUGAAUAUGACUGCUCAUCGGGAGAUGUUGGAGAAGUGGAAGAGUAAGGCGGCUUGUGUUUGA